GGAGUAAACAGUACAAGUAAAAUUUUUGAUUUCAAAAAAGUAGAAAGUAUUUGAUCAGAUAGGACAUUCAAAUUGCAGCAUUUUCCGUACUUUCCCGCACAAAACCAAUUUUCCUUUCUUCUUCACCUUCACUAUAACCCUAAUUUCCUCUGAAAUUUCUUCAAUCCUUUUCAAAUCAUGGCCUCAAUUCCUCCAAUUGGUGAAGAUCCCUGCAACACAGAAACCGACGAGGAAACUAUAGCUCUGAGGAAGAAGCGUUCACGGCGUGUGAGCUUCGCCGACCGCGAGAUCACUUCCGUCCACAUUUUUAAACGAGAUGACGAUAGUGAAACUCCUCCAGACUCCUUUGGUAAGAAUCCAAGUUCCGGUAAUGUCUCAGAUGCAGAGAAUGAGGUCAUAGGGUUUUUCAGGGACCUUGCCGAUAGUGAUGAUUCUAAAGAAAUGACGCCAACCAGAGACGGAUACGAUGACAAUGACGACGUUGGCAGUGUGGGGAAGUCGUUUUUGAGACCGAUUGGAUCGCCGUCUCCUGGAAGUAGUAUUGUUGCUUCUGCUACCUCGAAUGAAGAAGAAGACAACUUUUUUGGGCCUGUAUCAGCAAGUUUUAUUAGACGUGGACAGCUAUCUGAUUCUGCUGCCUCAGAUGACAAUCAUGAUAUUACAAUGGAUUCGACUGCAUUUUCCAUGCAUUACCGUAGUCUUGCAAGGUCAGAUUCAGGAGUAAACGCCUUUGAAGAGAAAACACCAACUCGCAUAACCACUCCUUCUGAUUCAGGAAGUUUUAUGGUACUAACAAAAGCCAAGAAGCUAAUUCCACAGGUUUCUCUUCAUGCUGAAAGAGCCAGUGGCAGUAAUGAUUCAAAUCACAUGAGUCUUAUUGGAGAAAACCCACGAAAUUAUGAUUAUGGGAGACUUUCUCCUACAUUGGAAGCACUUCUGGCAGCAGGCAGUAAGGAUUUGCAUGAUGUUUCUGUUUCUGAUUCUAUGGAUAAAAAAUCAUUGAAAAGAAGUGAGGUUUACACGUUUAAUGAGAAUUCCAGUGGACAUGUUGAUUCAAGGGAUCACAGAGAAGAAGCAUGUAAUGUUGGUAAUCUAGACAUAUAUACUGAGCAUGUACCUGCAGCUUCCAUGGAAUUGAAUAAGGUGAAUUGUGUUUCAUUGACCGCUCUUGUUGAUCAGAUUACUAAUGGUUGCACAUCUCACAGAACUGAAAGUUUGGCAGCUGAUACAUCUGUUGAUAAGCAAAUGCGAACUCCUAAUCAGCUGAGCAAAGUGAAUAAUGACAAUGCUAAAGCUGUGAUCAGGAUGAAUUUGAUGAAUACUGAGUUUCCUGCUGAUAGUGGUGGUACCUCACGGGGCAUGAAUGGUAAAGCUUUGCAGUUGAAUUCAUAUGCACAAACUGAAUCUAGAAAAAAUUCAAACAAUGGCUGCUCUGAACAAACUCCUAACAACAGAAGUGGCAAUUAUGGCUUUUACCACAAUUCUGAUCAACAACAUAGAUCUCCAUUAACUGGGUCCAUAUCAUUGGUUUCUGCUAAACAGCGACUAGUAUUUUUGGACACUGCUCAAUCCAGCAAACAGUUAUCAUAUGUGACGCCUUCACCAAAACAGUCAGGUUCUUUUUUUGGGAAAGAAAAUAUGAGGAGUGCUGAGAAUCUUUUUCCUAUUCAUAAAAGCAGUUCUAAUGUCAAAAUAUUUGAGCCUUCUCCUCUUUCAUAUUCUUUGAAAGAUGGAAUUGAAAAAUCAAAAGUAAGAUUAUUAAAGCAUCUUUCUUCUACAACUCCCUUCAAUGCUGUAACUGAAGAAAGCUGCAAAGUUAUCGAGAGUAAAAAUGUGGAUUCCCUGGUUACUAACUUAGAAAAGCAAAUACUUAGUCAGAAGAAUAAACAGCAUGAUAGCACUGACUACAUGGAUAGUGUUGGUGUUGGGACGCCAGAGAUUAAUGAUAUGUCAGGCAAAAAUGAGGAAGUGAUAAGCCUUACGAAAGAUGGAGAAUCUCUGAUUCCCAUUUCUACACACAUUCUCCCUAAGGAGAGAGAUUCUCAGCUGAUGACUGAAGUCGAUUCACCUUCUCAAUUCACUUGGUCGCUGAAAAAAGUCCAGCAAGAUGUUUUGAUGCCAGAGAAGUUCAAGCAACAGAGAAUGACUGUUUUUGGAUCUGAUUCCCCAUCGAUUGAGGUUAAUCUGGGUUACAAAAAUGAUGUGAAAACAAGCAGUCCUCUUGAUAGGUUUAUUUCUCCUCCAGCAAAGACGUUGGAUCAGAAGUUAUCCUCAUCAAAAGAACAUAAGGACACUGCCUCUCAUGACCUUCAGUAUAACGACAUUAGCAUUGGCUUAGGACAAGAUAAGAUAUCAAUAGAUAAUGUCAACAGCAAUAACCAUUCAACUGCAGUAACUGAUGGAUCAGAAUCCGGGUUCGCUGAAGUUAGAACACAGUCUAGCUCAUCCCUUAUAGAGAUUAAUCAUUUCGAAGGCUCUAACCAAAUGGAAAAGUUGCAUGAUAAGCGAAUUUUUCCUUCUGAUCUGCAACAUGUAUCAGAAACCUUACUUUAUUUUGGAAGUCCUUUAAGGGAAAGGAAUAACCUGAAGAUUCUCUCAGGAAGCCCUGAUAAAAAUGUUUUAUUUACAAGUGAACAAAUCUACUUUGAAGAGGAGCUUGCUGGGGUACGGAAUGAUGCUUCUCUUCCUGCUUCAGCUUCCCCAAAUAGGAGAAAUAUGAAUGAGCCAUCAUUUCUGAAGAGCCCCUUUAUGAAAGACAUGACUCAGAGUCCCCACAAAAAAAAACUCCACGAUGUGUCAAAUGGUGAGAAUGUGCAAUCCUUGGCUGGGAAAGAAAUACUCUCUCCCAAUUCCAAUUCCAGUGGACCUGGUGACACUGACAGCCAUCUUGACCUGCAAGUUUCUCAGAGUCAAAUUCCAGCACAAUACAUUAAAAACUCUUCUCUGAAGAAAAGAAGGAUUGAAGAAUCAGUUCCUGAGGAUGCAGAUCAUGCAGAUAAAAUAAGGAGGAUCAAUCAGAACCCAGACAUUCACAGAAAUCAGGGUUCUAACGCAAAAUUUAAGCAUUGGAGUGAUGUUUUGCUAAAAUUCUCUGGAGAUACGCAGCAGUUGCUCUUUCCGUUAGUAGAUAAACUAAAUGUAAAUUUGAUUGUGGUGCUGCAAGAUAUAUUGGUUCAUCUGCAGAAGAUGAAGUUUUAUGAGAUGCUCUGUUUCCAAAUAAAGUCUCAGAAAAUGUGCGAUCAGUCCAGUGAAGUUUUGCAUAAAAGAGUAGCUGAAACAAAAAUGUUGCUUUAUAAGUUGGCAUAUGAAAAGGCAAAGCAGCAGUUAAUGUCUGUCAAGCGUGAGAAAGUAGUGAAAAACUUACAACAACUGAGCUCCGCAAUGCAAAAGUCUCAGACACUGAAAUUGAAUAGAAGACAUUUAUUUUUGCGUCAUGACAGACAUAAAACAGUUGAUAAUCUUAGCAAUUCAUGCGGAGUUACUUUGGGUGGUAAACAUGUGGGUUCUAGGGAAAAGGUGGCUACAAUGAAGCAUGAGUUUGAAGCUUUAGAUAGGAAAAUAAAAAAUAUAACCAAAUCUUUCCACAAUUACUGCAAAAUAAAAGGAGAGCCAAGCUGUUCUGAGACUAUCGUACUGCUAGGUGAUCACCUUAAGAAGAAAACAACUCGCAGGUUUAUACACAAGAAUUUGCAGUUGUGGGAAGUUGAUGAUUCUGGGAACAGGAAUGGUAAACAAAUUAUUAAUCUCAAUUAUCAAGGCUUAAUCUGCCAAAGAUUUGCAAUAAAUGAUGGCCAUUCUCCUUGCAUAUAUGUUUCAAACAUAUUGAACAACAUCAUCAUUGCAAAGAACUUCCCUAAUAUGGAGGCUUGCGUGGCAUUUGCUUGUAUUCUCAAUGCUAACACCUCAAAGAAAUGUGUUGGAUUCAGAAGUUUUGCACAAGAAACACAGAUUACCAGUUCACUACUUCAUAAUUUGCUUGAUGUGGUUGGAGAAGUACAAUUAGCACAAGUAGAAAUUAGAAAUCUGGUCCAGACAAGCUUUUGUUCUUCCUCUGUUGAGCAGCUCGAUUUGCAGCUUUGUUUCAUUGAUUUUGACAAUGGUCAGAAGCUGAUGGUGACUCUUGACAUGACAUGUUUGAACUGUGGGAUUUAUCCUUCCGACAUCUUUCCAUAUCAACUAAAAGCUUGCAUUGCUGGGACAUACAUGUCACUGCCGGAGUCGCUAUCAGUUAAAAUAAAGACUGCAGUUAACAGUGUUGGAGUUGGGUAUUCAAGGAUUAUAAGGCUUUGCAGAUGUAUUUCCCAGGUGGUACAGUCCACGUGAACAUGAACAGUGCUUCAGUUCCUUUGAGGGAAGAGAUCUAUUGCCUUUACUCUGUAUUUUAAGAUGGUAUGCUCAUUUUUUGUAUGAUUCAUAACACAGAUAUAUGACUCAUCCUUCUCAAUGAGAUCCGUAGCGAGUUUUUUCAUUGAUUGAUUUAGCACAUGCAAUCUAUUUGCCCUUGCGAUUCUCUUAUUUGUAUAUUUUAAUUUCAAUUGAAUCAAAAGUCUAAAUUUAGGAAUGUUUCUUUGACA